CUUCUUCUUCUUCUUCUUCUUCUUCUUUAUUAAUUUGCUGCGAACAGUACAUUGCCCAGCAACUCUGACGCUCGAAUUUAAAGCAAUGGCCAUAGAAGCUGCAGAAGUUGCAACUCCACGAUUGUCUCUCGCCGACACUGACAUCAACUGGGACAGGUUGGAUAAGACAAGGUUCCAUGUGAUUGGGGCUAUUCUGUUCACUGUCCAGUCAGCUCUAAUACACCCUACAGCAGUUGUGAAGACGAGAAUGCAAGUAGCUGGAUCAGGCAUCUCUCAGUUGAAUGGAUUAUCUGUUUUCAGACAUAUCAUCAGAGCCAAUGGCAUUCCGGGUAUUUUUAGAGGCUUCGGCACAUCAGCCAUUGGAUCUUUGCCUGGUCGAGUCUUGGCCUUAACUUCACUUGAAGUGUCAAAGGAUAUGACCCUGAAAUACACACAAGGCCUGAAUAUGCCAGAAGCAACACGAAUUGGUAUUGCAAAUGGAGUUGCUGGAAUGGUUUCCAAUUUACUCUCCUGUGCCUACUUUGUUCCUUUGGAUGUGGUAAUCCAGAGAUUAAUGGUUCAAGGGCUACCAGGGACUAGGUCUUUCAAAGGUCCAGUUGAUGUUGUACGAAAGGUGAGAAAGGCUGAAGGAUUUCGUGGCAUGUAUAGAGGUUUUGGAUUAACAGCUAUAACACAAACUCCUGCAUCAGCACUUUGGUGGGGUGCCUAUGGUGCUGCCCAACACUUCAUUUGGAGGGGUUUGGGGUACAGAGAUGACUUGGAAAAGAAACCGUCUCAUGUAGAAAUGGUUGCUGUUCAAGCAACCGCAGGUACGCUGGCUGGUGCUUGUUCUUCUCUCAUUACUACUCCUAUUGAUACUGUUAAGACUCGACUUCAGGUUAUUGAUGAUUAUGGUGUAGGAAGACCAUCUGUAAUGAAAACUGCAAAGGCUCUACUUAAAGAGGAUGGGUGGAGAGGGUUCUACAGAGGAUUUGGGCCUCGGUUUCUCAACAUGUCUAUCUACGGAACUACAAUGAUUGUCACUUACGAACUAAUAAAGAGAUUGUCAGUGAAGCAAGCAUGAUACUAGAGAUUUGUUUACCCCGUAAAAUUGCGACGUGUACAGAGAUCGAUUGCCAUUUAUGGUUGAUUCAAGAAUUUAAAGAGGACUGAGCUGAUGAGCUAUAAAGGGGAAAGCACUUCAUUUUUUGUCUUAUGGAACCAAGUUUGUGUUGCACUACUUGUCUAACAUCUUAUGAAUUUUGUGUGGCCUAACCUAACACCCACAUGUAAUAAAAGCUGUUACUGAAGGGAUGAGGGUGGCUUUGGGCAAGAUUCAGGAGACGUUGUGCCUGAUUUUGAUUUUCUUUCUGCAAGGAAAAUAAAACAUAAUUACUUA